AUGUAAUUCUAUUUUCUACCAUCUUUGCCUGAUCCUUGCGUGCUCAAAAACCUGUCGAGUCACUUCAUUCCUUCUUUUUUUUGUACCACUACAACAUGUCUUCUCCAAUCCGAAUUCCCGGUGCUGCAAGAAUAGUCGCCGCGUCGGUCUCCCCUACUGCCACCAACAUCCACGACCGCUUCGCGAGUGUACAUCGCCAAGACUCGUUGAAUGUUCGACAACCUCGAGUUCUUCAUCCGGUUGAAAAUGAGGGCCUUCGCCUUCUUAUUCUCGAGAACAUCAGUAUGGAGGCUGUGAACGCUUUCAAAGCUCAGGGCUUGCAUGUCGACCACCACACGAAAGCCAUGUCUGAAGAUGAGCUCCUCAAAAAGAUCAGCUCGUACCAUGGAAUUGGUAUUCGUAGCAAAACAAAGAUCACAGAAAAAGUCAUUAAAGCCGCUACAAAGCUUCUGGUCAUCGGUUGUUUCUGCAUAGGAACAAAUCAGGUCGACCUCACCGCUGCUGCAUCUGCUGGAAUACCCGUUUUCAAUUCCCCGUUCUCAAACUCCCGAUCAGUCGCAGAGCUUGUGAUGUCCGAACUCGUCGUUCUCUCCCGCCAACUCUUUGAACGUUCAUUCGAGCUUCGUCAGGGACUGUGGAACAAGCAGUCGAAAGGAUGUUGGGAAGUUCGCGGGAAAACAUUGGGUAUAGUUGGCUAUGGUCAUAUUGGAUCUCAGCUGUCGGUGCUGGCUGAAGCGUUUGGAAUGCGAGUCAUAUUCUUCGAUGUGGUUAACCUUAUGCCCUUGGGUUCUGCCCGCCAGCUCGAAUCGCUAGAUGCUCUUUUGUCAGAUGCGGAUUUCGUCACUCUACACGUUCCCGAGCUUCCGGAGACAAUCAAUAUGAUUUCUCGAGACCAGCUUGCGUUGAUGAAGAAGGGCGCGUACCUCAUCAAUAACGCGCGCGGCAAAGUCGUUGACAUUCCUGCUCUCAUCGACUCCUUAAAGUCUGGUCACCUUGCCGGAGCAGCCCUCGAUGUCUUUCCUUCCGAGCCGGGCUCUAACGGGUCACCAUUCGAUGAUCAAGUAAAUUCUUGGGCCAGCACACUUCGUUCGUUGCCCAAUGUGAUCCUCACACCGCAUAUUGGUGGAUCUACAGAAGAGGCUCAGCGAAUGAUUGGUCAGGAAGUUUCACAAGCUCUCCUUCGUUACAUUGGUCUUGGUUCGACCAUUGGGGCGGUGAACUUCCCUGAAGUUGAUUUACGUGCUAUCACAGCGGAAGAGGGUGAUCAUGUCCGCGUGUGUUAUGUGCACAAGAACCAACCUGGUGUACUCAAGCUGGUCAACGAAACCUUUGCACCGUACAAUGUCGAAAAGCAGUACUCGGAUUCGAAAGGGGAAGUGGCAUAUCUCAUGGCCGAUAUUGCAAAUGUCAGCCCGAUGGACGUUACACGUCUUCAGGAAAGCAUCAGGCGUACUGAUGCCAACAUUCUUACACGAUUCCUUGCUUAGAAUGUUACUAUUUCAAAAAGGCAAUCUUGGAGGUUCCGCCCUCAUAGAUUCAUAGUGCCUACCACAUUCUUGCAUUCCAUUCAACUGGACUUUUUACAUAUGUAAUCACCUAUCAUUCAUUGUACAAAAAUUCUGUGCUUACAUCCUUGAUGAACUAGCAAAAUAU